AUGAGUUAUUCUGCUUCCCAGUCGAGCAUGUCCCAACUCAACACCACCUUUGACCCUGACUACGAUUCCUUCCUCAACAUCGAGAAUGACUUCACACCUGCAACCACCUCUCCAGACAUCAAGUCAGUCCCGAUGCUGACCCCUCAAUCGUCCAUCCCAGGCUCUGCAACCUUUGCCUCGAGCUCGACUCCUACCACGUUCCCCGGACCGAGCUUCCAGUACGAUCGCUACCACCAGCAGACCGGCAUCCCCAUCGGCGCCCUAGCCAGCACUUUCAACAUCAACAAAGCGACUGGCUUGCAAUACCAUGAGGGAAAUGGAGGCUUCAUUAUGCCCACCGAGACACUGAACAUGCCAUUGAGUGACUUGGACGAGUUCGACUUCUCCCGCAAUCCAGCUGAUAUGGAUUUCGAGACGGAUUCGCCGAAUGGUCUUCCCGCCAUGUUCUAUCCUGACGCAUCAUCUGGUCCGGCACAAUUCGUCAGCCCGACCACUUUGGUGACCCAGAACAACACUGCUUCUACCCCGAUCAAACGAAUCUAUCCUGGAAUGCACAGCCAACAGGCUGCUCAGGCCAAGGCUCAACAGGCUCAAAAGCAGGAACAGAUGGCCCGACAACAGCAACAUCGUCCGCAGAGCCAGAAACCUCUUCCGGGUCCAGCUCCCACAAAGAGUCAGCCAGCCAAGGAUCCCCUUGUCGAAGAAAGCAUCUCCAAAGUCUUGAAUCGGAUGAGGCAAGCCAGCGCUGUUUCCGUGUCUGAUGAAGAUACUUCCCCACUGACUGGCAUGUCCCACAUGCCUCGUGUCAAGAAGGAUGAAGAUGAUAUGGAUGAGGACGAACGUCUCCUGGCGAGCGAGGAAGGCAAAAAGUUGUCCAGCAAGGAACGUCGCCAACUUAGGAACAAGGUGUCUGCCCGUGCCUUCCGUUCUAGAAGAAAAGAAUACAUUUCUCAACUGGAAGGAGAAGUUGCCGCCAAAUCUCAAGAAGCCAACGAUCUGCGUUCUCAGAAUCAGCAACUACGCGAAGAGAACAACCGUCUCACAGACCUCACGCGCAUGUUGCUCUCUUCACAAGCCUUUUCCGGGUUUUUGCAGGAACUCAGCCAGUCUAACUUGCCAGCGCCGAAUGUUCAGAGCAACCCUCAGCAGCAAAAAUCUCUCCAAAACAAGCCCCAACCCCAACCCCCAACCCAGCCUAUGAAGAAAGAUAUCGGCUCAGAUGAAGCUGCUCACCAAAUGCAGCUUCAGCAGCCUCAAGUUGGGAUGGCCUUGAUUCCAGACACUCGCGUUGAUUUCUCUGCAAUCCAACCGUCGAAUGGCUGGAUGAACGCUCUUCCCACUAACGACUUCCAAGUUUACGCUGUCAUCGACUUACCAGAACUACCUGUUCUCGAUCUAGAAAAUCUAUCCGGAAAGCCCCAAUCAAGCAAGGGCUCAAGUAAAGGAUCAAAAGAUGCACCACGUUUGCCGGACCUCCCGAGCCAGGUGGCAACUUCUACGGAGCUAGAGAUGCCUCAAGUUGACGAAUCUAUUCCUCUCGACCGAGACAGUUUUGCAUUGUACUUUGAUCCACUUGGACCCUGCUCUGACGAUUUCUGGACAGUCACCAAUUCUGCUCAGCAAGAUACGGAACUCGCUGAAGAGGAAAGGGCGGCGAAUCUGAAAUCGCUGUGCCAUGAUCUUGAUGAGACUUGUGGCAAGCUUGCAGAGUACACGGCACAUAUGAGAUGA